AUUAUGUUUUUAUCUGUGACCUGGUUUGUGUUGAUUGGAAGGUUGGAGGGACGCGGGACGCAGAAGGCUAUGUGAUAAGCUGUUGGACUUGAAAUUUCGAUUUUCGAAUUCAAAUUUGAAGUUCAAUUACUGUGCUUUUGAGUGAAAUUUUCAAAUUAUUUAACUAAAUCCAAGUACAUUUAAUGGUGUACUUUCUGCUAAUUUAUUCUGAGAUAGUGAAACCUAUGUGUUAGAAGUUCUUGCUUCAGAUUUUCAUUCUACGACCCCACGUAUCUUUGAAAUGAUUCAGAAUGAAAAUCAUUUACGAGGGAUUACUCAGUUUGUAUUCAUUCUUAAAUAUAAUAAUCCUGUCCGUUUUUCUCAUCAUAACUUCAAAAAUUGUAUUUUCCGCUUAUCCAAUAUGGCUAAUAUGCAUUGUAUCAAUCCUUUUCGCUUACCUUCUUGUCAACGUAGUGUAUUGCAUUUCUGGCCGGAAAGGUUAUUUAUCGGUGUCAAUAAGAGCUAGUUUUCUUGGAGCUGUGUUCUCUACCGGAUUAUGUGUUAGCUAUUUGGGUGAUAGAAAUUUGAGCAUUUUUGGAUGGUACAUGUGCGUGCUUUCCUUUUUCCAUUAUUCGGAAUACUUGGCCAUUGCAGUUACCAAUCCAAAGACUCUAACCACCGAUGCAUUCAUGUUAAACCACAGUCUUGCGUAUAAAACAGCAGCAUGCGUAAGCUGGUUGGAAUUCUUCUUGGAAUAUUAUUUUUAUCGAGAUCUAAAAGAUCAUUAUUACAUCAGUAUAAUCGGUUUGCUGCUGUGUAUUUGCGGAGAAAUCGUACGCAAAUUAUCUAUGAUUACCGCCAGUACGAAUUUCAAUCACAUAGUACAAACAGUCAAACAUCGUGAUCAUAUCUUGAUCACUCAUGGAAUUUAUGGUCUUUGCCGACAUCCCAGCUACGUAGGAUGGUUUUAUUGGUCCAUUGGCACUCAAAUAGUUCUAGUCAAUCCCAUUUGUAUCGUCGUUUAUGCUGUUGCGAGCUGGACAUUUUUCAAUGGUAGGAUCAUUGUUGAAGAAGAAUCAUUGAUCAACUUUUUUGGUGAAGAAUACAUUAAUUAUAAGUCAAAAGUUCCUUCUGGGUUACCAUUCAUCAAAGGAAUUUCCCUGGACUGAUGGUGAAUUUUUCGUUAAUUUUUUCCAAGCUCCUCUCGAACGCAGAUUUUAAAAUCAAAAUGAUGAUUGUUUUUAUUGGCACAAAAAUCUGAAUUGUGUUGUGUGUAUUAUCUUCAUUAAUGUCAGAUCAUAUGUUGUAAUUUGACAUUACUUUCUAAGCCGUUCGUUUAAAUAUCACUUGUGACUUGAGUUUAACUCGAGUGUUAGGAAAAAGAAAUGCUAUGUUUAUGAAAUAUGAUUUUGACGCUGAUUAUUUUUUUUGAAAGGGAGGAAUACCCCUUAAAUAUUAAGAUUCUUCAUCAUAUACUUCUUUCUCAUUGAUGAAAUUUAGUGUUACCUAUAUUGUUUUUUUAGUAUACUAAUUACUUUUGUUUUUAAUACCUCCAAACUCAAACGUUAAGAAACUAUUAAUGUAAGAAUGUGAUGAUUUUAUUUGUAUUUUUUCUUUUAAUUUACUGUACAUUCGUGUUUUUAAUUUCUAUCCUCGAAAUAAUACUUUCGUGUACUCUCAACAAUUUUGAACAUUUUUCAUUGACUGAGUAAUUUAAAAUGAAUAAUACGUACUUAUGUAAAUAACGAAUCAAUUAAUAAACGGUGUAACUGGU